UUUUUUUUUUUUUCUUCUUCUUCUUCUUCUUCUUCUUCUUAUAUUGUUGUUUAAUUUGAUUCUUAGUCAUCUUUGGUUGCAUACUUGCAUGUGGUUAAUAUAUCAAUUCUUCUUCUUAUUAUUAUUAGUAUAUUGUUGCUUGGUUCUUAUUCAUUCCAUAAAACCCCUUGCAUGUGAUUUUAGUUCAUCUUGAUCAUAUUGAUGUAUGGCUUGCAUAGGGUUCAUUCGAAAAUUUGUGAAUUUUGGGUAGCUGUGAGUGCAAUUUUAUCUCUUGGUUUGAUGUAAGCUCGUGUCUUAAAUUUGACUCCAACUAUGGUUCUUUCUGUGAUUAUAGUUGGAUGGGUAGUGUGAAGAAACCCAAACUAUGUGACAAAGUGUCGCAUGGAGCAGAUAGGAUAAGCAACUUACCGGAACCUUUGAUGUUAGAAAUACUUGCUCGUCUUCCGACAAAGUAUGCUGUCAGAACAACUACUUUGUCUUCCAAGUGGAGAAAAAUCUGGCCAUCGCUUCCAGAGCUGGACUUAAGCACUCUCGAUUUCAAAAAUUUGGAGGCUUUUGUGAGUUUCGUCGAAAGGUUUUUCAAUUCAAACAUGGAGUCCAUAGGCAAACUCAAGUUAGUUAUCUAUGAUCCUUAUGAUAAGAUUAAGGCUACUGCCACCCGGUGGAUUGAUGUUGUGACUAGUCGUAGGAAUAUUCAGCAUAUAGAGUUUGUUUAUAACACUAACUACCUUCGCAAUGAUAAGAUACCAGUCCAGAGCAUAUAUACAUGCGAGACACUGGUACACUUAAAACUCUGUGGAGUCAGCUUAUUCAAUGCCGAGGUUGUUUCCUUACCUUGUCUAAGGGUCAUCCAUUUAGAAUCAGCUGAGUAUCGCAAUGAGUCCACUUUGGAGAAACUGAUCUCAGUCUCCCCAGUUCUAGAAGAUUUAACGGUCAUCUCAACCUUUAAUGAAAAUCGUUUUCAUGAAAAUGUUUUACAAGUGCGCUCUCAGACGGUAAAGAGAAUCCACAUGGGUCAUAUUCGAGUUGUGAUUGAUGCUCCACUACUCCAGCACUUGAUCAUUGAUACUGGCUCAGAAAAGCACUUUGAGGUCAUCAAUUUGGGGCUCUCUACGAAACUACAUAUUUAUGAUGACGUAGGCAAUGAGGUCUAUAAUUAUGUUUUCAUUCAUGACAUCCUCACUGAUAUAGCAAAGGUCAGAGACCUUGUUGUUAGUAAUGGUUGUUUUUGGAAGAAUCUCUUGCGAUACUCCAACUUGGGACCGGUGCUUCAGUUUCGUAACUUGUGCCACUUGAAUGCAAGAUUUCCUAUAUCUGAUCUUGAAAUGUUACCAACCAUUCUUGAGAGCUGCCCAAAACUUGAAUCUUUCACAUUGGAAUUGGUCAAGAACCGAUACACGCGUGGUGAGAAGAAGAAAGAUCCAAAGGUGAUGUUUUCGACAGUGCCUCAGUGUUUAGUUACAUCGCUCAAGUUUGUGGAACUGAGACGCGGGAUCACAAGGUAUGAAGGAGAAAUAGAGCUAAUAAGAUACUUGCUGAAGAAUUCAAAAAUCCUGGAGAAACUUAGGCUUGAUGUUUACUAUACACAAAAGACAAAGUAUGACUUCCUUAAAGAAGUCGUUGCAAUUCCAAGAUGCUCUAACGCUUGUGAAGUCCUUGUUCUUUAGGAAGUUAUCAAAGGUCAGAGGAAAUGAGUCCCUUUCAAGGUUUCUAUGUCAAUGCAGUUGUCUAUAAUGAGAGUUAUGUCACAGAAAUGAAGCUAGAGUAAUGUAAACUUGGGAAAUCGACUAGAAAACUCACUCUAGGUUUGUGAAAUUUGUAACUGCAUUUUUAUUUUAUUUUAAUUAUGUCCCUAAAACAUUGAAGAUGUUUGAGUGUACUGGUAUAUUUAUGAUUUUCUUGGUA